GCGGGAAAUACUGAUAUAAUCUUAAUAAGCUUUCAAAGGAAAGUUUACUGAAUCUGAGGAAUUUUUUACAAAGAAUCUAAGGAAUUCUUGGGAAAUAUUGAUUUCUUUUCACAUGGCUGUAUUUGGUGAACUAUAUACAUUUUAUAUAAAGAAGAUUAUAAGCAAUUUGUCUUUGUUUUGCGACUGUUUAAUAUCUCGUUAAUAUACUGCUUUGAAUCGCAAUUAUCUAUGGAGAUUUAGACUUCCAUUAAUAAAGUAAAAAUUAAAGAAAUCAUGUUUCAGUGGUUGAAAAAUGUCCCUUUUGCGAUCAACUCAGUUAUACAAACAAGUGCACAAAAUGGAUUAAGAGGUAUUAUGACAUCACCUGUUUCUCGUGGAAGAACAGCUUAUUCGUACAUCCGGGAGCGUCGAGGUAUACCCAAUAUGCCAAUUCCGAAAUAUCUGAAGGAUGGUUUGGUUCGAAGAGGCGCCGGCAGAUCCGGGCGUAACAACACUGGCCGCAUAACCAUUCGGCAUCGAGGUGGAGGCCACCCGCAGACUUAUCGGAUCAUUGACUUUGUUAGGGCACCUGUUGAAGACGAGGCCAAAGAACCGAAAGUGAUUAAGGAUAAGAUAUUGCAAAUUGGUUACGACCCAUGCCGGUCGGCCAGAAUAGCAUUGUGUGCUGGAAAUGGUAGCAACAAGCAGAAACUUGUUAUUGCGCAUGAUGGAGCAGAGGUCGGAGACGUCUUAACUGCCUCGCGAAGCAGCCCUGUAUCUAUUUCUCGGAUAAAGCCCGGUGAUGCAUACCCCCUUGGGAAGUUGCCGAUUGGUACCGUGGUUCAUAAUGUGGAGUUGAAACCGGGUAAAGGUGCCCAAUUAGCAAGGGCAGCUGGUACAUCAGUUCAGUUGAUUAGAAUGACCGAAGAACAUGCCAUCAUCCAGCUUCCAUCGAAGAAAGAAAAGAGUGUGAGCAUUGACUGUUUGGCAACUGUUGGCCGGGCGUCCAAUAUUGACCAUAGGCAUGAAAUUAUUGGCAAGGCAGGUCGUGCUCGGUGGCUCGGGAAAAGGCCAAAAGGAAAAACUGGAAAAGAUCGAUGGUUAUGGACAAAGAAAAGAGUUUAGAAUGUUUUGGGACAAUAGAGUGUUAACAUUUGACUUCAGGCUAUUACCAAAAAUACAGCCCCUCGAAAAUGUGAGAUGUUUUCACAUCAAAACACUCCGAAAUUUCAGGAAUAUGACCAUAUUCCUAAUGUUGCAAAAUCAAAAUUAUAGAGGUUCAGAUUAGUCUUCCACUACCAGCACCUCCAGCUUGCUUACUAAGCAUCUGAUUAGUUAAUCGAGUAUAUCAAACACAUCUGACUGGUUGAUGGUCCCUGUGGUAAUGGUGGUUGAAGUCACAUCUGAACCUCUCUAGUGUAGAAAUCAGGCUUCGAAUUUUAUCGCGGCAAUUGCCGUAGAGGGAGAACAAAAUGCCGUGGAUCAUUGCGGCAACGACGGCAAUUUUUUUCCGUAUAGUGCAAUUUUUAUACUAUUCACUGUGCAUUACUAUUUUGAUACUUGAAUUCAGAUGUUGAUCAAAUCAUGCGUAAAUCACUAUUUUAUUCUCACUUUUCUUCGAAAAAAAAAC